UAUCCGAUCCGUCGGCUCUUAUCGGGAACGGGUCGUGUCUGUCGUGCGGAUGGCCAGAUAGCCUGAAAAACGAGCUACCGUGGCCGCAAUGGCAGCAGUCCUCAUUCAGACGCGAAUCCGUUUACAACGCGGACGCCCCAGGGGCGGAUUAAUGCCAUUCAUUUGGCCAACAACAAUAGUAAAAAAAACAACAAUACCGCAACACGGAAACGACCACGCGUAGUGUUAACCUUUUGGAUGUUUGGCUGAUUUUUUCUCAGUUUAUGUUUACCUUAUGAGCGGGGGUGUUUGUUCAUCUGUGUGUGUGUUGUGGGAGUGUUUAUGUGGGAAUUUUCUGACUGCAUCUGGAGUGCAGUUUUUAUCCCUGACAGUUUAAUUAGUUCCACUCCGCCCGCCUCCGACUGAUUUGUCAGUGUCUUGCUGUUGACACUUGGUCAUACGCCCCAUUGGGCCCAUGGGCCAAGUCCAAAGGACUAUCAGGACCAUCAUCUCCUGCAGAUGGCCAGCAGGCAUGUAAGCUCAAUUAGGUUCCCAAGCACUUUCACGCUCGAAAUGGAGCCCAAAUGGCAAUGGCACACCAGCUGUGUAGCUACACAGCAAAUAUGGGAUUAAUUUAAAUUUUUAAGUUUUGAAUAGUAUCCAUAAACAUGUUUUAGAAUGUUGGUAGAAAUAAGUUUUAAACUUUUAUAGAUUUCAAGAAGAGUCCGUACUUCAAAUGAAUUGUUUAAUUUUAAAAGUUUAGAACGAGUUGUAGUCGGAGUCAAAAUUUAAAGGGACCAUGUAUAAUAUACAUUUUAUAUCUUUUUUAGAUAUAUUUGGGAUUGCUUUUAUUAAAAUUAAUAAACAUAAAAUUGUAGAUUUCAAACCAAACCCCAAAUCUUUAUCUUUUAAUAGUAUUGAACUAAAACUUUGUAGACUAUUUCUUAUGGUCAACAAAAUGUCUUUUGAGGUCGACUUAUCAAUACAAAUACAUCGAAUUUCGUCCUGUGCAUGGACAGUUUGAAUUGUGUGACAUGGGGUCCUUAGUCGCCAGUUUGUCUGAUGUAGACACUCCCAUGGAACCGCACAAAAGAUUCUUGAAUCGACUUGGCUCUGUGGCAAUUGUUUCAAUGCCUCAAUGGCAAUUUUUUGGCACUCAAUCGAAGAGUGCUUCGUGUGCUUGGCAGUUGUACUUAAUGGAAUUUUUAUGCGUUGCUAUUGAGUCGCUCAAUUGCUCGUUUUGUCGAUGUUGGUUCGACGGUUUCUCACAUUUUUUUUGCGUUUGCGUUUUUUUUUUUUUUUUUGAGGUCAAAGUGCACGGUGGCUGGCUUUUCAAUUGUGCCAAAAACAGCAGCAAACAUCGGCGGCCAAACAAUGGGAGAAAUGGCAUUAAAAUUAAUUAGCGACGCGCAUGUGUUCUUCGUGGCUGUGACCAUGUCCCUGAGAAUUCCGCUCUCCGCUCGGCGUUCAAUGCUAUCCACACCCGUACCGCCCAGCAUUUGGCCUUAUCUGAAAUAUGCACACGAGUCCUUGGACCGCCGACUUUUUCGUAAUGCCAGCCAAGGUAACAUCAAACCAGCUGACGAACGACCCCAGUGCCCAGAAUUUUAUUCGGAUUCGGAUUCGCAUCCGCAUCCGAAACGGCAACAAACUAUGCUAGGUGAUUUUCAGCCUUGGGGGACAGUGAGCUGCCAGUGAAAAUUGCAUUUGUUGUGCAACCUCAGGGCAUACUUACACCCACACCACACACAGAUACAGUGAUACGCACAGAUCCUGCGAGAAGAUUACAUUGUGGGUCGUGAGUGUUAAUUAAAAGUUGUUCUCUAAUCCAAAAGCCACGAAACUUCCUGCAUAUCCUACAUACAAAACAACCGAAUGUUUCUUAACACCAACGAAAUGCCAAGCGACGAUGCCAUUUUUAUAGACUUUUUGUAAGCAACGACAACUGGGGAGGCGAACCAGACACGAAUUGGAGAUAGCGACUCAAGGCGCCACUAAAAGUGUCAGCCCGUUUAAUCAAGACGGCCUGAUGAUGGCAGCCAGCGGGCGGAUUCGCAAGCGCAAGCAUAAAAGCCAUCUCACUGGCGACACUGCGGCAGCAACACUUACAACAGCAACACCAGGCUCAACCGCCACACCAGCCAGCUUGGCAACCACAGCGGCAACACCAACAGCCACAUCAGGGCCCGGCCGACUGGAGGAUACCAUGGAGGAAGUCUCCCUAGCCGGGGACUAUAAUAAUUUCACGCAUAAUUUCGUCGAUUUGCAGAACCUCUUGAAUUUCAACGAAUUGCUGAGCAGCAGCCAGAAUGGAACCGCCGGCAGUGGUGGCAGUAGCUUCGAUAGUACCUCGAGCGCAUCGAGUGCCAUUAAGCUGACUAACGGCGCCAUUAAGGACACUCUGCUAGGAACGGUCCUGACCACCGCAACGGCCACGGUGGCGCCGGCGGCCAGCUCCCUGUUGGCCAAGCUGGGAGCUAGUACGACGUCGGCAACAGCGGCAGUGGCAGCGGCAGCAGCCGGAGGAUCUCGGACGGCCAUAGCCGAUCCCACCACAUCCACCUAUUAUGCAAACUUGCUAAACAUGUCGCCCGCCACCACCAGUCUGAUCUCGGCGGCCGCGGCCACCAAAUCCUACAACGACAGUGUCCUGCGGUGGGAGCAGCUGGACGGUAGCGUGGACUUCACCUUCGAUCCCCUCUAUCGGCACUCGCUGGCCAUGUCCAUAGUGUACUGUGUGGCCUACAUCCUGGUGUUCCUGGUGGGACUGGUCGGCAACAGUUUCGUGAUUGCCGUGGUGUUGCGAGCACCCCGAAUGCGAACGGUGACGAACUACUUCAUUGUGAAUCUGGCCAUUGCGGACAUCCUAGUCAUUGUGUUCUGUCUGCCAGCCACUCUGAUUAGCAACAUCUUUGUGCCCUGGAUGCUCGGAUGGCUGAUGUGCAAGUUUGUGCCCUACAUACAGGGCGUCUCCGUGGCGGCCUCUGUCUACAGCUUAAUUGCCGUCUCCCUGGACAGGUUCAUUGCCAUCUGGUGGCCCCUGAAGCAGAUGACAAAGCGACGUGCUCGCAUCAUGAUAAUUGGAAUAUGGGUAAUCGCGCUAGUGACCACCAUACCCUGGCUGCUCUUUUUCGACCUGGUACCCGCCGAGGAGGUCUUCUCUGACGCCCUCGUAUCGGCCUACUCGCAGCCGCAAUACCUCUGCCAGGAGGUCUGGCCACCUGGCACCGAUGGCAACCUGUACUUCCUGCUGGCCCACCUGGUGGCCUGCUACCUCCUGCCCAUGUCUCUGAUCACGCUCUGCUACGUGCUCAUCUGGAUCAAGGUUUCCACGAGAUCCAUUCCCGGCGAGUCGAAGGACGCCCAGAUGGACCGAAUGCAGCAGAAGAGCAAGGUGAAGGUCAUCAAAAUGCUUGUGGCCGUGGUAAUCCUGUUUGUACUUUCGUGGCUACCGCUCUACGUCAUCUUUGCGCGUAUUAAGUUCGGCUCGGACAUCUCUCAGGAAGAGUUUGAGAUUCUUAAGAAAGUUAUGCCGCUGGCCCAGUGGCUCGGUUCCUCCAACAGCUGUAUAAACCCGAUUUUGUACUCAGUGAACAAGAAGUACCGCCGAGGAUUUGCGGCCAUUAUUAAGUCUCGCAGUUGCUGCGGACGCCUCAGGUACUACGACAAUGUGGCCAUCGCCUCCAGCACCACCAGCACCCGCAAGUCAUCGCACUACCACCAGAACAGUUCUCGAAAGAGUCCUGGCAGCAAGGGCAACGCAGUAUCCUACAUCUACGAGCACAACUCGCUGCGACGGCACAACAUGAUGCUCAAACAGGACAGUAACCUCUCGCAACAGAUGCUACUCAAGCAGGACUCUCACGGAUCACGUCAGUUUCUCAUCAAGCAGGAGAGUUCGUGCAGCGAUGCCUCCGGAAUCAGGCGGCCACUCUGUCAGCAGGAUAGCAAUGGUUCCAAGGUCUCCCUCUCCAAACAGGAUUCAAUUGUGUCCUAUAUGGAGGCUCGACGGGCGGCAGGACACAGCCUGAAUGAUUCAGUGACGGACAGGGACAGCAUCUCGAUUGAAUCCCGGCGACCAGGAGGAACUCCAAGCUCCCUGCUCGACAAGCGCCAGAAAUUCGUGAAACAGGACUCGGUUAUCUCUUUUGUUGAUCAGCGACCCGAGCCACGGCGCCACCAGCUGGUCAAACAGGAUUCGGUGAUUUCCUUUGCCGACCAGCGACGCGGUCUCCUGAACAAACAGGACUCGCUAAUCGCCAACCGGACCGGAGACGCCCCCACCCACCAUGUCUCCAUUCUGAAGAAGACGGACUCGCAGCUAAGCUACGGAGCCUCGGCAUCUCCCCGCAGGAAUGCGGAUUUAUACGAAUAGGCAACCACUGGUUGAUAAAUAUUCUCCUGAAUGAAGGAACUACUAAAGAAUGGUUUGAUUUUCAGAAACUAUCCAAAAAUAAUGUAAUAGAUGGAGCAUGCAUUCUAUGGGGUACUAUAUUUUCUCUUUAAAAAAAAGUUUUUGUUUUUAAAAAAUGAAACUUUCAUACACUACAGAAGAAGGAUUAUUAAGAAAUCCUGCUAUAUGCAAGACAGAUAUAAAAUUGGCAAUAUUUCAUAAAUUAUCUUAAACUUUAUAUCCCAUAAAAUGCAUUAUCCCUAAAAACUUUAAUCGAUUAAAAAGUCAAACCAUUCUAAAAACAUAUAAAACCGCAACGAUACCAAAAAAAUCUUACCGAACCAUAAAAAAAAAGUGCAUAUAUAUUAUAUAUUUCUAUAGUGGCUAGAGAGAAACGGAUCGAAGUGAAGGGAGAGUGAUAGGCCUACGAUUGUGAUAGAAGUCGGCAGUGCUGGUGGGUUAAGAACUUCAGACAGUGCCGCACAUAUCCGUCAUGUCAUCGUCGUUGGGACAGUGCCAGUUGGGAUGGACAUCGGGUUGGACCAAUAUGGGGUGGGUAUAUCUAAUCAGAGAUCGCUUAGCUAGAAAGAGACACGCCACAGAGGGGCACAGGAAACAGGAAACAGGACUACCCACACCACACAACACAAAACCACACAGACACGCAAAAACCCACAGACCUAAUAGUUAAUAGAUGUUUUAUACGUGUUUCAGAGGUACUACACAAGAUAUAAACUACUCCUUGGCUAUGGCUAUAUAAUACCUAUAUAUAAAAUAUGUAUAUGUACCGUUACGCAGUUUUAAGAUUGUUUGUACUCGAAAUUUGCUAUAUGGAUGAUGAGAAGAUGAAAUACGACAUGAUGGGGUUGGGAAUCGUGAGAAGGCGGUGGGUUUAAAAAUAGCUUUGCUAAACUUUUUGUACGAUGGUCAAAAAUUGAGUGAAACGGGCAAGUCCAGUAUCAUAUAGUUGAGGAAACGAAACAAAACAAAAUGAGAUAACACCGAGGUCUAAAGUAACGUACCUACUAAAUUUUUGUAUGGAAAUUCUUACAAUUUAUACAUAUAUAUUUAUAUUGAUUUUGGAAUAAGCAAUAUGCAAUACAAGCGUAUGGUCUGCUCGUACGCCGCGUAUCUAUCAAACAACAAUAAUCAAUUUUAUUAGAAUUUUACACAACCGAGUUGCGGCAGCGGCAGCGACAGCGGCAGCGGAAGCGGAAGUGGCACAGCAGCGGAAAUGGCUUGGUCAAUAAUGGAAUACAACGGACGAUUGUCGAUCGAUUAAUUCGAUAGCUAUCUCGAUAGCUAUGGCCAGUGGUAGUGUAGGCAUCGAACGCGCACAAGGCAGCACUUUUGACCAUGCUAAUGCUAAGCGAGGGCUGGGAACGAUGGAAUGGUGUAGAAUAGGGAUAUAGGGACAUAGGAUUAGGAUUAGGAUGAUGAUGAGGAUGAGGAGGAGCAAGAGGAGUAAUGUGAGCACACAGCAGGCAAAGAUUUCGCACUAAACGUAUCACUACAAACUAACAAAGAAGCAAACAAUAAUCGAACUCAAAUUCGUUAAACACUAAACACCAAUGAACUUUAAACUAUAUGAAGUAAAAAAAUAUAAAGGAUGCAGGAGAAUAGAAGGCGAAUCAGGAGGAGAAAUCAAUGGUAAAACUAUGAAACUAAACAUAAAGAUUAACUAUGCAAUUUUAUUGUUAGCCAAAAUUUUAUAAAUGUCAAGUAACGAACAAGUAAAUAUUUAUAUGUAUACAGAAUAUAUCAAGUAUGGAACAUAUGUUAUAUGUAUAACUUUAUAUACUUCGAUGACAUUAGACGCUGAUUUGUAGAGAUUUGUCUCGCUUAGAUGUCCCCGAAAUCGGCUACAUGUUUCAUUUAAGCCGUAACGUAACCCGUAGUCUCCCUUCAGAACUUGGGUAGCUUUAAGCCCAUUCCCAGGAUCUAAAUCGGCCUGUUCAGAACUCCAGUGCUUAAUGCAAGACAAGAAUCUACAAUGAGGAAUAUCAAUAAUAUAUUUCAAAUAUACAUAACAUACAUAUAUUUAUAUAGGCUUAAGUCAUAUGCCAGGCAAGAGAAGAAGUCGAGCAACAAAGAACAACGUCUAGUAAAAAAAAACUACGAAAUACGAGUACACAUUUUAUGCUGCAAGUAUGUAAAAGCGCCCAAUAGAAAUGUCCUUUCCCGCUUUCGAUUCCACUUUAAGACGAACUAGAAAGUAACGAGCAGUUGGAGGAUCAAAAAACAAACAAGUAAUAUUUAUCAAAUAAAGCAAAUUGAACUUUAGGUUUUAAAGUUUUAAAACGUAGUGCAUACCCAUACACAUAUAAUUACAUGUGCAUUAAGUUCGUUAUUUACCGAUGCUGAAAACGCAUUAUAAAAACCAAAUCGGAAGUUAACCAGUUAAACAAAAAAUCAAAAACCAAAAACAUGACAUUAACGGCAACACAAUAUCUAUAUAUGUAAAUAUAUAUGUGUUUAUGUAUACAUAUAUGUAUAUUUAUCGCAUACAAAUAACACCAAGAAUACAUGCAUGUUAGCAGAAAUAAUAAAUAAAUAACUAAUAAACUAAAACUACUUGUUUAAAUUUGGCGCUUCAUAGUUAUCGAUAAGGUGAUUGUUUAUAGGACUCAAAAUGUUUGU